AUGAAAAGGAAUGGAUCCCCCCAUUUUCAGCCGACUUAAAUCUUUUCCAGUUUUGGUUGGAGGGUGAGAACCCAAACAAAACAGUUACAUUCAUAACCAUCUGCUUCUGAUUCUUUUCUUCCUUGUUGGGCAUCCAAAAUUCACCCGUAUUUCGCUUGAUUUCAAGAUCUUUUCAUCCAAUUUCACAUAGGGUUUAUCCGCAUUUCAUAUUCUAAACAAUCCCCCUCCAAGAACUCGAAUGACCCAUGAAAUCGCAACAAUUUCGAUCAAAAACUGUCAUCAUUCAGAGGUUUAAUCUUUGUUGGUUAAUGGGUCUGAGUUUUCUUCAAUCAAAUCAACCCAAAUUGAUCAUGAAGUAACAUUACAUGUUAAUGCCCACAACCUGUUCGACGAAAUGGCUGACAGAAAUGGGGGUUCAUUGUAUUCAAUUGGGUUACUAUCUUGGAAAUCUUUGAUCGCUUUGUUGUCACUCGCGUUAACCGUGUUCGUCUUAUCGUGGUCAUUACUGUUGAACUCGGGCCGGUAUCAAUUCAUUGAUCAAAAUUUGUUUCCACAUUUGAAACAUUAUAAUCCGCUAUUUAUAGAUCAUGAUCAACAAGCAAGUUUAAAAGUGUUUAUGUAUGAUUUACCCUCUGAGUUUCAUUUCGAGCUGUUGGAUUGGAAGCCGGAUGGUGACACUCCUUGGCCCGAUAUCCGUUCAGAAGUACCCGAAUACGCCGGUGGGUUAAACGUGCAACAUAGCGUAGCGUACUGGCUUACGCUAGACCUUUUAGCCUCAGAAUUCGACAAUGCAGGUGGUCGAUACGCGAUUAGAGUUCAUAACUCGAGUGAAGCGGAUGUUAUAUUCAUACCCUUUUUCUCUUCCAUAUGUUUUAAUCGGUUUUCGAGGCUAAACGCACAUAAAAAAACCAACACGAACAAAGAACUGCAAAAGAAGUUAGUUACAUACGUAACGGGUCAGCCCGAAUGGAAACGGUCGGGUGGGAUAGAUCACGUAAUCGCGGCGCACCAUCCGAAUAGCUUACUCGACGCGCGAAUGCAGCUAUGGCCCGCCAUGUUCAUUCUUUCGGAUUUCGGAAGGUACCCACCAACUAUAGCAAACAUCAACAAAGAUGUUAUCGCACCUUACAAGCACAUCAUCAAAAGCUACGUUAACGAUUCAUCCGGUUUCGAUUCCCGCCCGAUCCUGCUGUUUUUCCAGGGCGCGAUAUACAGAAAAGACGGCGGCUUCGUCCGUCAAGAAAUCUUUUAUCUUUUACAGAAAGAAAAAGACGUUCAUUUCGCGUUCGGUAGCGUUAAAAAACAAGGUAUUCCUUCGGCGACAAAAGGAAUGCAAUCGUCGAAAUUCUGUCUGAACAUAGCGGGUGACACCCCGUCGUCGAAUCGGUUGUUUGACGCCAUUGCUAGCCACUGUGUUCCUGUGAUCAUCAGUGAUGACAUCGAGCUACCCUUUGAGGAUGUUAUCGAUUACUCCGAGUUUUGCAUCUUCGUUCGAACGUCGGAUGCUUUGAAAGAGAAAUUUCUUAUAAACUUUAUACGAAGAAUCGGUAGAGACGAGUGGACGCGAAAAUGGGAAAAGUUAAAAGAAGUUGAACACUUUUUCGAGUACCAGUAUCCAUCCGAGAAGGGUGAUGCGGUGCAGAUGAUAUGGCGGUCUGUGGGGAAAAAGGUUCCGGUUAUAAAGAGGAGAUUACACGCGAGUAGACGGUUUUCGCGGUUUGGAAAACCUGCGAGGAAGGCUAGUUUUCCGUUGCCGAGAAACUUAUUGUCUUGAUAGAAGAAGAGAUUGAUGGUAGAAGAUAGAAUGUACAAGGAAAUAGGAUUUUUAGAUGGAAGUUUGUUCAUUAAUACAUGGAUUAUCAACAGUUUUGUAAUGUAAUAUGAUCUUGCUAGACAAUAGUUGUGGGUCAGACCAAAUUUGAGUAAUGUUGGUAAGGAUGUA